GUCCCCAAGAACAUGCAGCGUGAGCACAAGGACCGCCUAAACACCGCGCAGCUCAGCAAGCUGAAGAAGGCGAACAUGAUCUCCUUCCCCUUCACAGGCGAAGGCACUGGAUUCCGCAGCCAGGGCUCUGGGGCCAACUGGUGGCCCUCCGGCAGCUAUGCCCAGGUACCCACCUCGUACCGAGUGCAGUUCGGACGCCCAGGCUUCUUCCGAGAUAACUCGCCGCUGAUGCAGAGCAAGUUUCCGCAGCAGGCGGUCUCUGCGGCACAGGAGGACCUCCAGUAG